AUGGCGUGGAGUCGCCGGUAGCGUGACUGUCGCAAGUGCUAGCAAAUGCUGACUUGUUUGAUUUUCGCCUGGUCACGUCGCGACGGACGCGUAAACAAUUUUUCGUAUUUCGACUACUAACGUCGUUCCUUGAACGUUUUCUUUGAGAGAUGAGUUCUAUAGGCACAGGAUAUGACCUGUCCGCCUCACAAUUUUCGCCAGACGGGCGUGUAUUUCAAGUGGAAUAUGCGCAAAAAGCCGUGGAAAAUGGAGGGACAGUUAUUGGCCUACGAGGGAAGGAUGGCGUAGUGUUUGCCGUUGAGAAGAUAGUAACGUCGAAACUCUAUGAAGCAGGUGCUAAUAAACGAAUAUUCAAUAUAGAUCAGCAUGUUGGUAUGGCAAUCUCUGGUAUAAUAUCAGAUGCGAGGCAGAUCGCAGAGACUGCAAGAUCAGAGGCUGCUAGUUACAAGGCACAGUAUGGAGUUGGUAUUCCAUUAAAGUAUUUAAACGAAAGAGUCUCCAUGUAUAUGCACGCGUAUACUUUGUAUUCUGCUGUACGCCCCUAUGGUUGCUCCGUCCUACUCAGUGCUUAUGAGACAGACGGUCCAACGUUGUAUAUGAUUGACCCAUCAGGAGUAUCGUAUGGCUAUUACGGUUGUGCAGUAGGUAAAGCGAAACAAUCAGCAAAAACGGAAAUUGAAAAAUUGAAAUUACCAGAAAUGACAUGUAAGGAGUUGGUUAAGGAAGCUGCUCGUAUUAUCUAUCUUGUCCACGAUGAACUAAAGGAUAAACAAUUCGAAUUGGAAAUGAGUUGGGUUGGUGCACACACUAACGGAAGGCAUGAACGUGUGCCGGCCGAUCUAAAAGCUGAAGCCGAAACGAAAGCACGGCAGGCAAUGGCGGAAGAUUCAGAUAGUGAUACCGAGGAUAUGUAAAAUGCGAUAUACAAAUACUGCCGUUAAAAUUCUUUGUAUUGUGUAGGCGAUAAUAUUAAAUAUAAUAUUAAUAUUCAUGAAUAUAUGCACUUUUAUGAUUUUAUAUGAUCGAAGUAAAGGAUGUUAUUAGUCCUACUGUUAGUGCUACAAGCUGAAGAGCCACAGCUCUUUUAAUUUCGUUGUAAUUGCACUUAUUGGAGGAAUGAAUUAUAAGUUCCUGAGUCCACCA